GCGAGACGGUAAAGCAGACCUUGCCGCUGCAGCCUGCCAGCACACAUCAGAGACACCGGCAACAAUCAGCGGUGUGGAUUAUGAGUAGAAGUAUUUAAGAUAGAGCAGCUUAACAACUUCACUUGACUGGAGCAUCUUUUUUAUGUUUUAAAAUCUAGUUACAGGUUUAUUUUCUUUACAGAAAUCAUACUGUAUACAAAGAUAAACCUAGGAGACAUAUAUCGCUCAAGAUGUCAGUGGUGGGAUUUGACUUGGGCUUUCAAAGCUGCUAUGUAGCUGUAGCCCGAGCUGGAGGAAUCGAGACAAUCGCCAAUGAGUACAGCGACAGAUGUACACCGUCUUUUGUAUCAUUUGGACCCCGAAAUCGUUCGAUAGGAGCUGCUGCAAAGAGCCAGGUGGUGACCAACUAUAAGAACACAGUGCAGAGCUUCAAGCGAUUACAUGGCAGAGCGUUCACAGAUCCUUACAUCCAGUCGGCCAAGUCUAACUUGGUGUACGAGCUGGCACCGAUGCCCUCUGGGGCCACCGGUAUAAAAGUGAUGUACAUGGAAGAAGAGAGGAUAUUCAGCACUGAGCAAGUAACUGGCAUGCUGCUGACCAAACUGAAGGAGACUGCUGAAAGUGCACUCAAGAAACCAGUAGUAGAUUGUGUCAUCUCGGUACCAAGCUAUUUUACUGAUGCAGAGAGACGGUCAGUCAUGGACGCAGCUCAGAUCGCUGGCCUCAACUGUUUACGACUGAUGAACGAGACAACUGCAGUGACUCUGGCAUAUGGAAUCUACAAGCAGGACCUGCCAGCUCCAGAAGAGAAGCCCAGAAUAGUGGUGUUUGUGGACCUGGGCCACUCUGGUUACCAGGUGUCAGUUUGUGCCUUCAAUAAGGGAAAGCUCAAGAUCCUGGCCACUGCGUUUGACUCAGACCUUGGUGGCAAGGACUUUGACGAUAUCCUUGUCAACCACUUCUGCGAGGAGUUUGGAACUAAGUACAAGCUGGAUGUGAGGUCCAAGCCCCGUGCACUUGUGCGGCUCUACCAGGAGUGCGAAAAGCUCAAGAAGCUGAUGAGUGCCAACUCCUCUGACCUCCCUCUCAACAUUGAGUGCUUCAUGAAUGAUAUUGAUGUUUCCAGUAAACUAAACAGAGGCCAGUUUGAGGAGAUGUGUUCGGGGCUGCUGGCCAAAGUCGAGGGUCCCCUGCGCAGCGUCAUGGAACAAGCCAAGCUGAAAAAGGAGGAUAUAUAUGCAGUUGAGAUCGUGGGUGGCGCCACCAGAAUCCCUGCCAUCAAAGAGCGGAUCAGCAAAUUCUUCGGCAAAGAGCUGAGCACCACCCUAAAUGCAGACGAGGCCGUGGCCAGGGGCUGUGCUCUGCAGUGUGCCAUCUUGUCACCAGCUUUCAAAGUGAGAGAGUUCUCAAUUACAGAUGUUGUCCCUUACUCCAUCUCCCUAAAGUGGAAUUCAGCUGCAGAGGAAGGACUCAGUGAUUGUGAGGUUUUCCCAAAGAACCACGCAGCUCCUUUCUCUAAAGUACUGACCUUCUAUCGGAAAGAGCCAUUCAGCCUUGAAGCCUACUACAACAAUCCCAAGGAGCUGCCUUACCCUAAAGCCACUAUAGGCCAGUUUCUGAUCCAGAAUGUGGUUCCUCAGGCAUCAGGGGAGAGCGCAAAGGUCAAGGUAAAAGUUCGGGUGAACGUUCACGGUGUGUUCAGUGUAUCAAGCGCCUCGUUGGUUGAAGUCGUGAAAACUGCUGAAGGAGAGGAGCCAAUGGAAACAGACCAGAUCGUGAAGGAAGAGGAGAGCAAAAUGCAAGUGGACCAGGAGGAUCAGAAACUCCAGGCUGGAGACAACGGAGACAAGAAAAUAGAGACAGAAGAAAUGGAGACAACGACAGAGGAUGCCAAGCAGCAGGAGAAGAAGAACGACCAGCCUCCUCAGGCCAAGAAGCCCAAAGUAAAAACGAAAACACUGGAGCUGCCCAUAGAGAGCAGCUUGGACUGGCAGCUUUCCGGAGAAGAACUAAAUUUGUUUGUGGAAAAUGAGGGUAAGAUGAUCAUGCAGGAUAAGCUGGAAAAGGAGAGGAAUGAUGCAAAGAACAACGUGGAGGAGUACGUGUACGACAUGAGGGACAAACUCCACGGCAUCCUGGAGAAGUUUGUGAAUGAAGCAGAUCGCGAUUUGUUCUCAUUAAAACUGGAGGACACAGAGAACUGGCUGUAUGAAGAUGGAGAAGACCAACAGAAGCAAGUUUAUAUCGACAAACUGGCUGAACUCAAGAAAAUUGGUCAGCCUAUCCACGAGAGAUACGUGGAAGCUGAGGAGAGGCCGAAAGCGUUUGAGGAGCUUGGGAGACAAAUCCAGAUGUACAUGAAGAUAAUUGAAGCUUACAAGGCAAAGGAUGAGCUCUAUGAUCAUCUGGAUGAGCUGGAGGUGACCAGGGUGGACAAGCAGGUAAACGAUGCCAUGGUCUGGAUGAACAGCAAGAUGAACCAGCAGAACAAUCAAGACCUCACCGUGGACCCAGUGGUCAAAGUUACAGAAAUCAAGGCCAAGACUAAGGAGCUUUAUGCAUCCUGCAACCCAGUGUUGUCUAAACCCAAGCCCAAACCCAAGGUGGAGCCUCCUAAUGAGGAGAAGACUGAGAAUGGGCCGGUUAACGGACAGGAGGGAACAGAGAGCCAACCGUGCAACCCGGACAAAACGACGCCCGCGGGCACGGAACAGCAGACAAAAACACCAGAGAAAAAUCUCCCUGAAAUGGACAUUGACUAACUGCUUCCACUGCAGCCCCUGAGUUUUAGUUUCCUCCUGAAACAGAGUUCUGCCCUUCCUCUGAGAUUGUUCUUGGUGACCGAGUAGCCUCUCUCAAAGACACAGACGACAGCAUCUCUAAUCAACACUACGCAUCAACCAGCCGCCUCAGCAUGCCAUUUCUCAUUUUGUUUGACUACAAAAAAUAUUGCAUAAUAGUAAUACUGAACGGACUACUUAAUGACAUAAAGGUUGUGAGCGUAGGAUGGAAACUGCUUUCUCUCUGUGCUGCUUUGGUGGGCUGUAUUGUUAAAGAUGACUUCAGCAUUUCCAGAGCAAAUGUAAACUAUGAAUGUCAGAUAUGAAAAAUUUGUAAGCAAAAUAGCUGUUCAGGAGAGAAUUAUACAUACGAGAUUAUUGAAAAUGUAAACUACUGCGGUAUGUCUGAGUGUAAGUAUACAUACAGAGGCGCUGGUAGUUAACACGGAUUGUUCAGAGUUGUACAUGACAAAAUUGUGUUCCCCCACCACCACCACCACAAACAAUUGUAACUUCGGAUUAUAAUGUUAUUUCGUUUAAGUGGAAGCAGGGAGUUUUUGUUGAGUUUACUUGUACUGUAUGUUUGAACUAUAUACAACAAGUUACUGUCAUGCAGUAUUUCUUUGUUGAGCUUUUCUCAUUCAAAAGCACUGGUAUGUCUGUUGUUCUCUGGUAGCCUUGAAUUUUUUGUUGUGGGAGGGGUUUUGUUGUUUUGUUUUGUUUUUUACUUAAAAGUGAAUGCUGGUGCAACAAAUCACCUUUUUGGGUGCUGCUGUUGUUGCCACGUCACCAAAAAGAAGCAAAAAUUUAAAAAAAUAAAAUGACUUAUAGCUGAAAAA